AUGGAGAGAAUAGUGUGGAUUAGCAGCCUGCUGCUUUUGCUGGGCUUUGCAAGUGGACUCAGAGUAACUCGAUCCGUCGAUUCUACGGCCAACGAGCGGAUCCUAAGCUUCAUAAAGCGGCACAUGAAUGACAGUGCCGACCCUUGCGAAGAUUUUCAGAACUAUGCCACAGGCAAGUUCCACGAGGUAAACAAGAAGGAUGACUGGGAAAUUACCCAGGAUGCCAUCAGGCACAACUAUAUUGGCAAACUGCAGUCCGUGUUCGAUCUGCUGAAGGAACGACUUUUCGUCGACGAAUUCUCCGUGGAGGAGAAGGUGUGGCGCUUCUACAACACUUGUCUCACGGCCCCCGAAGGCACUUCCAGGAUAAGGCGUUUCCUGGAGUUGGUUCCGCCGGGUGAGAACCUAACCUGGCCGCCACUAGUUCCCCAAGGAAGUCAGUGGCCCAAGCAGCAGUUCCAGUGGCUGGAUACCCUGGCGAAUCUGCGACUCUACGCAAUGGAAACCCCUUUGAUCUUCUUCGAGAUCCGGGAGGACUUUUACAGCAGCAAUAAGUUCUCUUUGGCUCUUAGCAAGCCGGAUUUGUACAAGUCAAGUAAUGUGUCCGAAGUGGAGGACCUGUUGAAACGGACCGGAGUGGGCCCAAGGCGGGCUGUUUACCUGGCAAGGAGCAUUAUCCAACUGGACUCGGAUGUUAAUGGUCCGACUGGAGAUGAUACGUUCUACACAUUCACCCUGGAAGAUGUGCAGAGUCGGACCAAUCUGCAGAUGGGCAAGUACCUCCAGACUGUCUUUGGCCACUCCUUUGAGAACAGUACCACGGUGUAUGUGAGCAACAUGGAAUACUUUGAACAAAUCGACGGAGUCGUUCGCAGGUACGACUCUGAAGUGGUGGCCAGUUACCUAAUGAUUCAAUUUGUCCGCUUUCUACUAUUCUUGGAUGGCAAUGGCUCAGAGAAGAAGUCCGUCCAAUGCGCCGCUGCCGUCGCAUCUCAAAUGGAGCUGGCCAGCGAUCUGCUGUACGAAAACCAUUACUUGGGCCAGGGAAAGCGGGAAGAGUACACCAGGGAAGUGCAGCGGAUCUUUGAGGCGGUGAGCCGAACAUUUAUGGCCAGGCUGGAGGAGAACCGCAUGCACCUGACCGACGACGAAGUCAUCUUUCUGCAGCAGAAACUGCUCGCCAAGACGCUUAAAGUGGGAUAUCUGCCAGACAGUGUCAACCAUCGUCGCUUCGUGACCAGUUUCUACGACGAUCUGGAACUGGACACACAUCCGGAUUUCGCUAGGGCACAACUCAGCGUCCUGAGACACAGACAACGUCGAUUCCUGGACAAGUUCAAUGGGCCUGUUCCCAAGGGGACAGAUUUCCUUUACCCCUAUGGUUACCUUUCAGAUAAUGAUCCGACCACAUCGUUCGAUGACAGUCACAACAUCAUCGUCAUGCCGUUUAACAUGUUGCUGGAGCCCUACUUUGCGCCCGAAAGUCAUGAUGUCUUCAAGAUGAGUCUGCUGGGAUUCUCCCUGGCUCGCACAAUGAUGAAAAGCUUCUUGCCCGGAAACCUGCCCUUCGACAGUGUGGGCAACUACGGAGGUUACCUGAAUGACUUCAAGGAGAGGCAAAGCUAUAUCGAUGGUCUCGCAUGCUUGAAUUCUACUGCUCCUUCCAAGGAUCUCCAUUACCGUUCGGGCGAUGUGGUGAGUCUGGGCCUGAUUUACGAGACCUUCUUCGGAGGCAACUCGGUGUUCAACCAGGAUCAGCCCGCAUUCGCCGAUGUGCCACUGAAGAAGCUGUUCCUGCUGAACGUCGCCCAGUUGUUCUCGUUCACUAAGGAGUAUCGAGAUGAGGAGCAAAUGGACUCCGACAAGUUGCGUCUCAAUCAGGCGGUGAGCAAUCUGCCGGCUUUUGGCGAAAUUUUCAACUGCCCGGACACCGCGCCUCUGAAUCCGCCGAAGAAAUGUGAAAUGUGGUAG